GGGGUUCGAGGGGCGGUCUCAGGCGGCGCGAGCCCUGACUUGCCGAGCUGUGGGCUUCGCGGCCGUUCUCCUUCCCGCAGGCUCUGGAUCGGUGAGUUACAGGUGACUGAAUCUUCAAGCUGCAGAAUGCAUAGCACCUUACAAGGUUGGCCACAAUGAGCACACUGCAGUUAAAGGAAUCUAAGGUGCUGAAUGUUCAAUUUGUGGGAGAUGAUAAUGUUCUCAACCACAUUUUUGAUAGAGAAGGAGGAACUAAAUUAAAGAAGGAGAAAGCUCAGCUUCUGGUCAAUCCCCAGAAAAUAAUAAAGAAGCCAGUGUGUGAAUCGGAGAAGAAUGACCAGGAAGUCUUAAAGGAUCAGAACUAUGUGGAAGUUUUGGGAAGAAAUAUUCAAGAUUCCUUGAAAAAUGGCUCUGCUGUAGAUGGUGGGAAUAAAGUUUAUUCUUUUCAACAAAGAAAACACUCUGAAGAGAUGGCUAAAUUAGCUUUAGAACUUGCAAAAACGGCAAGAAAAGUUGUACCGCUUGACUCAAAGGCUGAUCCUGAAACUAAGAAAAAGGUCACUAGAAAAGGCAAGGGGCAUUCUACUUCAGAGAAAGUACAACCGGAAAACAAUAACAAAGCUGAAUGUCUGUCAGCGCCACCUCGUAGUCUAAGAAAAAGAAUAAUAGUGCCAGUGUCUCAUUGUGACAGCGAAAGUGAGUAUUCUGCUUCCAACUCGGAGGAUGAUGAAGAGGCUGCAAGAGAUGAUGAAGACGCUGAUGUGGUUGUGCUCUCUCAAAAGAGUCGAGCUCAGAGUAGAGUACUUCCGGCUCCUGUUUCCAAAGGGACACCACUUAAGAAAAUGAAAAGAGACAAAGCAAGUGACUUGGUAGAAGAAUAUUUUGAAGCCCAUAGCAGUUCCAAAGUUUUGACAUCUGAUAGAACCCUGCAGAAGCUAAAGAGAGCCAAAAUGGAUCAGAAAAUGCUACGUAACUUAUUGAGCAAAUUCUCACCUUCCUUUUCUGCUGAAAUUGAACAGUUAAAUCAACAGCAUGAGAAAUUGUUUCGUAAAUGGAUGCUACAGCUACACCUUGGGUUCAACAUUGUGCUCUAUGGUUUGGGGUCCAAGAGAGAUUUACUAGAAAAAUUUCGAGCCACCAUGCUUCAGGGUUCCGUUCAUGUUGUCAUCAACGGCUUCUUUCCUGGAAUCAGUGUGAAAUCAAUCCUGAAUUCUAUAACUGAAGAUGUCCUCAAUCAUAUGGGUACUUUCCAGAGUGUUCUGGAUCAGCGAGACUGGAUAAUAAACAAAUUUAAAGAAGAUUCUUCUUUAGAACUGUUCCUUCUUAUCCACAAUUUGGAUAGCCAAAUGUUGAGAGGAGACAAUAGCCAGCAGAUUCUUGGACAGUUGUCAUCUUUGCAUAACGUGUACCUUAUAGCAUCUGUUGAUCACCUCCAUGCCCCUCUCAUGUGGGAUCAUGCAAAACAGAGUCUUUACAAUUGGCUUUGGUAUGAAACUACUACAUAUAGUCCGUAUACUGAGGAAACAUCCUAUGAGAAUUCCCUUCUGGUUAAACAGUCUGGGUCUCUCCCACUUAGUUCUCUGAUUCAUGUCUUACGAAGCCUUACCCCCAAUGCAAGGGGGAUUUUCCGACUACUUAUAAAGUUCCAACUGGAUAACCAGGACAGCCCUUCCUACAUUGGACUUUCUUUUCAAGAUUUUUACCAGCAGUGUCGGGAGGCAUUCCUUGUUAAUAGUGAUCUCACACUCCGAGCCCAGCUAACUGAAUUUAGGGAUCACAAACUCAUAAAAACAAAGAAGGGAACUGAUGGUGUAGAAUAUUUAUUAAUUCCUGUUGACAGCAGAACAUUGGCUGAUUUCUUGGAGAAGGAAGAGGAGGAGGCUUCUUAGAUUGUCAGUCACUUUUUAGGUGGGAGAGUCAUUGUACCCCAGCUGUUACUUCUUAGUAGGAAAGCUGGUUUAUAUCCACAUUAGAUCAUUCUGUCCAGCAUACAAAAUUUACUGUUGAAGGGGCAUGUCAUGGAUUUGAACUUUGAUUACCUGGCUGGUGUACUGUCUCUAAUACUAUGCAGUGGUCAUCAAGUUGGGGGAAAAA